UGGUGACUGCGUGCUCGCCUGACUACAGUGUGUAGCACAGCUACGGCUGCUGGCAGGCAUAGGACUAAAAACUAGAGCUAUUUUAAUUCCGGGAGAAGCACGAGCAUAGCCGAAAUGCGUCAAGAAAAACCGUAGUUUGGGGGUUUUUUAAUUCCUAGCUGUGGUACCCUGGACAGGAGUGCCCCAGAAGAGAACUAAGGGGGAAAUCAUCACCCCAGGCUUGACAGAUAUCCACAGCCGAGUCGGAAAUUAUGGCAGGAGCCUGUGGAGGGCAGCGCUGUCUUGCUGGGGAUGGUGCGCUGAAUUGCUCAGAGAUGCCAGCUGCUAAGAAUAGCUGUCUCUGAUAUAGCCCGAGUGCGUGCGAGAGAGUUGCGAGAGAGAUGCCUCACACCAGAGACUCUUCAUCUCCGUCUAGCAGCGCGGGGAGCAGAGCUGCCUAUGAAACACCAGCGCUAUCAGACCUCCAGAGGCUCUUUUGGUUCAGAGGAGGGUCUGAUAAUCAUGUGGACCAAGUCUGGCCAAAUAUUUACCUGGGAGAUGCGUGGGCUGCUAGGAGCAAAACUACUCUUCAAAGCCUCAACAUUACUCAUAUCCUUAAUGCAGCAGAUGGGCCAUAUAGCAUCAACACAGGAGCCAAAUAUUACAAAGAUCUGCAAAUAGAGUACUACGGAGUAGAAGCAUUUGAUGAUCCUUCCUUUGAUUUAAGUAUCUUCUUCUACGAUGCUGCCAAUUUCAUAGGCAAAGCCUUAAACACUUCAGGAGGGAAGGUGUUCGUUCAUUGUGCCAUGGGGGUAAGCCGCUCUGCGUCGUUAGUGCUUGCCUUUUUAAUGAUCCAUGAAAACAUGACGCUCGUGGAUGCUCUGAAAACAGUGAGUGCUCACAGAGACAUCUGCCCAAAUUCAGGGUUCCUCAGCCAGCUCCGGGACUUGGACAUUAAAUUAAAUGAAGAGAGGAAAGGAACCAGAGAAUCUGCUACUAAAGAGUUGUAAGAGAGUAUUGCUGAAAGAGAGGAGAAAAGAUGUUAUUUGAGCUUCCUGUAUCUCUUUAAAAUGAAUUGUAUUUGUAAACUAAGGACACAAGUUUAUGAUAAACCAGAAUGCGUGUUAUUAUUAAAAGUAGCUUUUUACCUGACCUUUCCUUUUUGCAAAGCCCUCCUAGAUUAUACUUACGAUUGGUUGUAUAUUGUAUCCCUCACUUUCCACCUUAAAACAUUGCUCUCUGCUGGUAAAAAGAAAAGAAAAGAAAAAAAAAAGAUAUCAGGUUCCACUUCAGAAAUAGCUGUGUUUCAGCAACUAGUGAAGCUCAUAUCACUUUAUGAAGUGUUAGGCUAUUUGAGGUGAAAGAUGGCAUAUUAUUUAUGCUACAAUAAUGCUUAGAAGUUUUCUUAUGAAUCAGCUUCCCCAGCCCUUUGCUCCCCGUAUCUGAAAUGGUUUGUAUUUUGAGACCUGAAUCUGGCACUAGUUAGUUCUUGCUUUUACAAUUGGUGGAGCCCCUGAGUUGAGGGUAAGAGGCUGUUCAAAAGCAGAGCAGAUGGGAAACAAUACAAGCCACUCUUUAAGCAAUUAUUCCAGGUCUAUUUAUAGCGUUUCCCCUUUAACUGUUCAUUAAAUAUAAUUUUUGUAGUCCUUGAAACUACCUUUGUUUGAGAGCGCAUUCGAGUACCGCUCAUCUACCUUAGUAAAAUCCAUCCAGGCGAUGCUGUGGAAAACGCUUCUGAAGAGGAUGGUGGGUUCUCAGCUGAGGCUCCAAAGAUCUGCAUGGGCAGUGGGUGCGGGUGCAGGAAAGCAUUUGACAACAAAGGAUCCCAAAUUUGCCUGACAGUUCAACAUUCAACAUAAAACUUCGGAUUUUCUUUCUCAAAAAUAAAGGUCAUUAACAUU